AUCAACCAAUAGUUAUAUCCUCUAUUUCCUUCGUACUUGCGGCUCACUUGCGCUCACGCAGACACAAUCGCAGUCCACUCGUACGCUCGAACAAACAUGAUAUUCGAAAUAGUAAUAUUUCUACUCACCUUCCUCUUAGGGUAUUAUUUCUAUAGUUAUAAACAAGUACAUAAUUAUUUCAAACAAAGGGAUGUGAAGUUUUUACCCGGAAUACCGAUUUUUGGCAAUAUACUCGGAACUACUUUGACUACCAAACAUUUUUUGGAUGACAUGACAGCAGUUUAUGAUGCGUUUCCUGAUGAAAAGUACGUAGGUUUUGUGGAGCUGACCUUGCGGGUGCUUAUAAUCCGAGAUCCUGAGCUAAUCAAGAGCAUUACCAUCAAGGAUUUCGACUACUUCACGGACCACAGAGAAUUUUUCACGGCAGAGGCAGAUCCGUUGUUCGCUGGCAGUCUGCUCUUGAUGAAAGGUGACAGAUGGCGAGAAAUGAGGACUACGUUAAGUCCUGCGUUCACUUCUUCCAAAAUGAAGUAUAUGCUGCCUCUGAUUUUGGAAAACUCACAAAAUAUUAUCGAGUACUUGAAUGAUCACCAAUCUCAGAACAUAGAAGUAGACGAUAUAAUUCGUCGGUACACGAAUGACGUCAUCGCGUCCGCUGGUUUCGGCCUGAAGAUCAACUCCUUGCAGGAUAGAAACAAUGAGUUCUAUAGAAUUGGCACAACUAUCUUUGAUUUUGGAUUGAAACAGAAAAUGAUAAUAAUUCUGAACACUUGUUUUCCUAAUUUGGCCAGGAGAUUAGGCUUCCAUCUUUUCCCCGACAGGACAUACAAUUUCUUUAGGAAUAUUGUGUCUUCUACUAUUGAAUAUAGAAAGAGAGAGAAAGUGGAGCGUCCUGACAUGAUACAAUUGCUUAUGGAGGCCCCUAGAGAAUGGACUGCCGAUGAAUUAACUUCUCAAGUUUUUAUAUUCUUCGCCGCUGGUUUCGAUACCUCAGCAACAGCUCUGGUAAUGACAAUCCACGAAAUCGCCUUACACCCUGAUGUUCAAGAGAAAUUGUACCAGGAGUGCAGACGGCAUCAGGAGGAGAAACAGCUAACGUUUGACAGUCUCAGCGAACUCAAAUAUAUGGAAUGUGUAAUUAACGAAACCCUGAGGAAGUGGUCGCCUGCCAUUUUUAUGGACAGGACCUGUGUGAAGACGUAUGAGCUACCCCCGCCGAGGGAAGGAGGACGUCCUUACAUACUGAAACCUGGUGACAUAGUUUACAAUAUGGUGAACUGUUUGCAUAUGGAUCCUAAAUAUUUUCCCGAACCAGACAAGUUUAUUCCUGAAAGGUUUUCUGAAGAGAACAAGCAUAAUAUCAAACCUUGCACCUACGCGCCUUUCGGAGGUGGCCCUAGGAUUUGUAUCGGUAUGAGGUUUGCUAUGAUGGAGAUCAAAGUGCUAUUGUACAACAUUAUUCUUAACUUCAACAUUGUAAAAACUGAGAAGACCAUGGAUCCAAUCAAGUUGAAGCCCCAUAACUUUAACAUCAAGGCUGCUAAUGGUACUUGGGUCAAGUUUCAGAAGAGAGAAUAAAUGUAUGUUAAAGAAGUUAUGAAAUAACGUGCCAUUUAAGAGUAAGAAAAAAAGUCUUGUGGUUUUUCUUGUAAAAGUGAGCGUUUUUUGUUGUAAGUUGUUAAAUGUUAGUUUGGUUAACAAUUUCUCUUGUUGCUCUCGGUUUUUCUGAACAAUAAAAGAUAUGAGUUUUGAAUUGGAA